UCGGCCAUCGUUAUUCCGUUCGGUCGUUGAUGAGUGAUCCCCGAAUUAGGGUUAAGAUCGAUCAAUUUGGGGAAUCAAUUACAGAGCUGCGUUCCGGUUUCUGGCGAUGAGUGCCGUCAACAUCACUAACGUCACCGUCUUGGAUAACCCUGCCGCAUUUCUGAAUCCAUUUCAGUUCGAGAUCUCAUAUGAGUGCUUAACUCCGCUUAAAGACGAUCUAGAAUGGAAACUCACCUAUGUCGGAUCUGCCGAGGAUGAAACCUAUGAUCAGCUUUUGGAGAGUGUGCUCGUUGGACCUGUUAACGUAGGCAAUUACCGUUUUGUUCUUCAGGCAGACCCUCCGGAUCCGUCAAAAAUCCGGGAAGAAGACAUCACGGGGGUCACAGUACUGUUGUUAACAUGUUCAUACAUGGGACAAGAAUUUAUAAGAGUAGGAUAUUAUGUGAACAACGAUUAUGAUGAUGAACAGCUUCGAGAGGAACCUCCACCAAAAGUUUUGGUGGAAAGGAUCCAAAGAAACAUUCUUGCUGACAAGCCCAGAGUCACAAAGUUCCCAAUCAAUUUUCAUCCGGAGAACUCUGAACAUGGUGGAGAGCAAAAUUCGUCUCCA